GAAUGCGGGAACGCUCCUUUUUACAUGCUAUUCAAAUAAUGGUUUUGAUGAGCAUAUGGUUUGUUUAAUUGGAUUGAAAAAUAUAUUUUCAAGACAACUGCGCAACAUGCAUAAGGAGUAUAUUGUCCGCCUUGUGAUGGACAGGAACCAUAAGUCUGUGAUGGUUAUCAGAAAUGAUCAGGUUGUUGGUAGCAUAACAUAUCGCCCAUAUGUCAGUAAAAAAUUUGGGGAAAUAGCUUUCUGUGCAAUCACAGCAGAUGAACAAGUAAAAGGCUAUGGCGCCAGACUAAUGAAUCACUUAAAGCAGCAUGCACGUGAUAACAAUGGGCUAACACAUUUUUUUGACAUACGCUGAUAAUAAUGCAGUUGGUUAUUUUACCAAACAGGGUUUUACCAAAGAGAUUCACUUGGAGAAGGAAAGAUGGCAUCAGUAUGGUGAAUGUAUAUUAAAGACUAUGAUGGAGGAGUCUUCAUGGAUUGCAAAAUAGAUCCAAAUCUUCCAUAUACUAAUUUAUCAAAAAUGAUUCGCUAUCAGAGACAGGCACUUGAUGAAAAGAUAAGAGAGCUUUCAAACUGUCAGAUUGUGUACCCAGGGAUUGAUUUUCAGAAGAAAGAAGCUGGUAUUCCUAAAAGGAUUAUCAAAGUUGAGGAUAUCCCUGGUUUGAUGGAGGCAGGAUGGACUCCCGAUCAAUGGGGCCAUUCACGAUUCAGCAGAAUUUUCAGUGCUUCUGCAGACAGUGCCUCAAAUCAAAAACAUUUGACUGCAUUCAUGCGCUUACUUCUGAAGUCCAUGCAUGAUCAUGUGGAUGCUUGGCCUUUCAAGGAACCAGUUGAUGCACGUGAUGUCCCUGAUUAUUAUGAUAUUAUUAAAGAUCCCAUGGAUCUAAAGACCAUAUCAAAAAGAGUUGAAUCGGAGCAGUAUUACGUAACACUUGAUAUGUUUAUUGCUGAUGUCAAGAGGAUGUUUGCCAAUGCGCGCAUUUAUAACUCUCCUGAUACCAUAUAUUAUAAAUGCGCUACCAGGCUUGAAAGCCAUUUCCAAAGCAAACUUCAAGCUGGUAUCCAGUCUGGUACCAAACUUCAGUAGCGAGAAGAUGAAUUUUUAUGCAGCAUGUUUUGCUCGGGAUAUUCCCAGAGAUACAUCUUUUAAAAGUACCAUUCUCCUCCUGUUCCCUUUAUAGAUUUUCUUGAAUAAAUGGUCAAUGGAACAUUCCUUCUAUAGACAAAUUGUUCAUUUGCCAUCUUGUUUUGGAAAAUUUAUUUCGCCAAGUUGUAGUUGAUAUGUUAUUGGAUCUGAAAAUGGUGGUCACUUUGGUCUUUUUCUACGGUGUUUUAUUAAAAUGACUUAGCUUAG